CAAGCGUUGCUCCGCCCAGCGUGACGUCACCCAGAUGUCAUGGCGGCGCCAGUAGCGCUCAUACAAGGUGCCAGCCGUGGACUGGGGCUCCAAUUUUGCAAACAUAUAUUGCAAAACAAAAAGCCAUCGACUGUCAUAGCGACAUGUCGGAACCCGGACGCGGCGGCGGAGCUGCUCGGCCUGGCCGGGCAGCACAAGGACAGACUGACGGUUGUCAGACUGGACGUGAACCGGGAAGAGGACAUCCGGGAAGCUGCCGAGCGGGUCAAGAAGAGCUUUGGUCGGCUGGACUUGUUGCUCAACUCCUCGGCUUUGCUGCAUCCUUCUGGGAAAGGAGAGACAAGCUUGAGGGACGUGACUGCACAGGGCAUCGUUUCCACCCUGACGACCAACACUGUGGGUCCUCUAGUCAUGGCCAAGUAUUUUGCUCCCCUCCUUCAAAAGGGCGCCGGCGGCUUUGGUCAGCAGCCGCCCGAAAAGGCCAAGCAGCACAGCGGCAUCAUCGUCAAUAUCACCGCUAAAGUGGGUUCCAUUGGCGACAAUGGUCUUGGCGGUUGGUACAGCUACAGAAUGUCCAAAGCGGCCCUCAACAUGGCAACGAGGAAUCUCUCCAUAGAGCUGGGCCGCAGUCGACCCAAGGUGGUGUGUGUUGCUCUGCACCCGGGGACGGUGGACACGGACCUGUCACGGCCGUAUCACAGGAACGUCCCCAGGGAAAGGCUGUUCAGCACCGAGCACUCGGUCAGCUGCCUGAUGAGCAUCAUCGAGACGCUGGAUUCGGACAAGACGGGCCAGGCGUACAGCUGGGACGGCGCUCAGCUGCCCUGGUAGGAAACAAUACGGACAAGAAAGCCUUAUUAAUAACCUCUUUGCGUUUUAUACACUUGAUUGUAAGAUAUUGAAUAAAAACACCAUGCUGUGUUUGAA